GAAGGAAAGCCCAACCAAAAUUUCUGAAGGGUAAUCCAUUUUUGGUCCAAGAGAAGGCCCAUCUGCCAUGUCUGGAGACGGAAGACUUCAACGGCAGACGUGAAGGUCGAAAAACCAGAGGGAACGGGGAUCGAAAGGUUGAAGAGAGCUGGGAGAAGCGAAAGCUUUCAAGGAGCGGUAGAUAAACUGAUUGUGAGAUUGUGCGAAAGGAGUCGUAGUUUCAAUCAUGGCGUGGAGAGGUCAGCUUUCUAAGAAUCUCAAGGAGCUUCGAAUUCUUCUCUGCCAGUCAUCUGCUUCAAGCUCGUCCACCAGAACUUUUAUUGAGAAGAACUACAAGGAUCUCAAGACUCUCAACCCCAAGCUUCCAAUCUUGAUCCGCGAAUGCAGCGGAAUCGAGCCCCAGCUUUGGGCUAGAUACGAUAUGGGUGUUGAGAGGGGUGUUCGUCUGGAGGGUAAGGACGAAGCGCAGAUCUCUAAGGCCCUGGAAGAGCUUGUGAAAGUAGGGGCUGCCCUCAAAGCUUGAUAGGGGUUUUCAUUUCAUUGGUUCCAAAUACUGUAAGAGCAGUGAAAUAAAUGUGGUACUGUGUCAAAAAGAUCUCACCUUGUCAUGUUACAGUAUUUACUGCUCUUUGCAUUCAUGUAGACUGUGCACUCAUUUUGCUAAUUACUCCCCCCGGGGCCGGUGAAGGUUAUUGAAUAUUGAUGUUCAAUUCGGUUUUUGUUGGAUUUUCUGUAGAUGUGCUUGAUAAACAAAAUGCACUACCGGUGGCCAACUGGCCAUAUAUGAUAUCAUAUAUGAGGCUAAAUUGCAAGUUUGGUCACUAGAAUUAC